AUCAUGAGAGACCACCUCGAACUCCUCUUAGGAGUGGUGCUCGUCACCGGUCCUGCGCUUGGCAUCUCUCCCUGCUCCUUUGAUCAUGGGGUAGCCUUAUACCGUUUCUGCAACCUCACCCAAGUUCCCCACAUCCCUCCAACCAUGAAAAUCCUCCUCCUGAGCUUCAACUCGAUCAGGACCAUCACACCCACGUCCUUCCCCUUCUUGGAGCAGCUGCAGCUGCUGGAACUUGGGACCCAGUUUACACCCUUGACUAUUGAAAAAGAGGCCUUCCGAAACCUGCCCAACCUUUCCAUCUUGGAUCUGGGCAGAAGUCAGAUCAGCUUCUUGCAUCCCGAUGCUUUCCAGGGACUACCUCAUCUUGUUGAACUUCGACUGUUUUACUGCGGCCUCUCGGACACUGUGUUGAAAGGUGGCUAUUUCAGAAAUUUAGACUCCUUAGCUCACCUAGACCUAUCAAAAAACCAGAUUGGCAGCCUUCACCUCCAUCCUUCCUUCCGAGAGUUGAAUGCCUUGAAGUCCAUAGACUUUUCCCUCAACCAAGUCGCUUCGGUAUGCGAGAGGGAGCUCAAGCCCCUGCAAGGUAAGGUGCUCUCCUUCUUCAGCCUCGCAUCUAACAACCUGUACAGCAGAAUCUCAGUGGACUGGAGCAAGUGCAUGAACCCAUUCAAAAAUAUGGUCUUGGAUACCCUCGAUGUUUCUGACAAUGGCUGGGCAGUGGACACCAUGAGAAACUUUAGCAAUGCCAUCAAUGGAAGCGAGAUUUUCUCUCUGGUUCUUUCCCACCACAUCAUGGGCUCAGGGUUUGGCUUCCAUAACCUCAAGGACCCUGACCAGAGCACAUUCGCUGGCCUGGCCAGGAGUUCAUUGAUCAAGCUCGACCUUUCACAUGGGUUCAUCUUCUCCCUCAACGUCCGGCUCUUUGAGACCCUCACCGAGUUGAAAGUUCUAAACCUGGCCCACAACAAGAUUAACAAAAUUGUAGAAGGAGCCUUUUAUGGACUUGAUAGACUCCAAGUUCUCAACCUGUCACAUAACCUUCUAGGGGAACUUUAUAACUCAAAUUUCAAUGGACUUCCAAGAGUGGCCUAUGUCGACCUAAGGAAGAACCACAUUGGGAUCAUCCAGGACCAAACAUUUAAGUCCCUGGGAAGUUUAAAGACCCUGGAUCUCCGGGAUAAUGCUCUGGAAACCAUCCAUAUUAUUCCCAGCAUACCUACUAUCUACUUGGGUGGCAAUAAGCUUGUGAAGUUGUCCCACAUCAGCCUCGUGGCCGACAUCAUCCACUUAGCGGAGAACAGACUGGAAAAUCUAGCCGACCUCUACUUUCUUCUCCAAGUGCCUCACCUUCAGAUUCUCAUCCUCAACCAAAAUCGUCUUUCCUCGUGCAGCCCGAGCCCUGCCCCCGCAGAGAGCCUCAGCCUAGAACAGCUCUUCCUUGGAGAAAACAUGCUGCAGCUUGCCUGGGAAACGGGGUUCUGUUGGGAUGUUUUCAAGGGGCUGCCUCACCUCCAGUUUCUGUACCUGAACAACAACCACCUGAGUUUCCUGCCCCCAGGGGUGUUCAGUGGCCUGGCCGCUCUGAGAGAACUGUACCUCAACUUCAACCGGCUGACGUCUCUUUCGCCGGGCGAUCUCCCGGCUCAGCUCGAGUUCCUGGACGUGUCCUGGAACCAGCUCCUGGCUCCAGACCCCGCUGUGUUCGCCUCACUCCGGGCGGUGGACCUCCGGCAUAACCAGUUCAUCUGUGCGUGUGAACUGAGCGCCUUUAUCAGCUGGCUCAAUCACACGAAUGCCACUCUGCGGGGUGCUCCUGCGGACAGAUACUGCAUGUUCCCCGAGGCAUUUGCUGGGGUCCCCCUGGACUCUAUUUCCACGGAUGGGUGUGACGAAGAGAAAGCCUUCCAGGCCCUAAAGUGGUCCCUUUUCAUCUCUGUCACCGUGAUGUUGACGCUCGUCCUCGUGACGAGCCUCGGAGCUGCAAAGUUCCGGGGCGUUUGUUUCAUGUGUUACAAGAGGGCCCAGAGACUGCUCUUCGGGGUCUCCCCCCAGCGCCUGGAACUGGACAGGUACAAAUAUGAUGCCUAUUUGUGCUUCAGCAGCAAAGACUUUGAAUGGGUGCAGUCUGCGUUGCUCGUGCGCCUGGACACUCAGUACAGUGACCAGAACAGGUUUAGCCUGUGCUUUGAGGAAAGGGACUUCGUUCCUGGGGAGAACCAUGUGGUCAACAUCCAGGACGCCGUGUGGAGCAGCCGGAAGAUUGUGUGCCUUGUGAGCAGACACUUUCUCCGAGAUGGGUGGUGCCUCGAAGCCUUCAGUUACGCCCAGAGCAGGUGCCUCGCCGACCUCCGCAGUGCCCUCAUCGUGGUGGUGGUUGGGUCCCUGUCCCAGUACCAGCUGAUGAAGCACCGGCCCCUCCAAGGGUUCAUCCAGAAGCAGCAGUACUUGAGGUGGCCUGAGGACAUGCAGGACGUGGAAUGGUUUCUCAAUAAACUCUCUCGGGAAAUACUCAAGAAAGAGAAGAAACAGAAGAGAGGAAGUAGCAUCCCACUGCAAACGGUAGCAACCAUCUCCUAGUCAAAAGGACACUCUUUAACUUAUCUCGAGCCCCAAGCCAUACAUUUCAUAUUUGCACUCAGUUGCCAUGUGGGGGGGUGUUCUUUGUAUAAGGUUUUAAAACAUCAAUCUCUUGAUCUUUUCAAUCACCACGAUGCAUUGUCUCACUGACCUCUACGGGGAAACCCCAGAUCUUGAAAACCCAAGUGCUCUCCAGGAGUCUACUCUGAGAAUUCGGCGGUUUCCCCUCUCUACCGAUGGCCUUUCAGACUCCAGAACACCGAGCCCUCCCGGUCAAUCAACCUUGGACUGGCUUUACGAUGGGAGGAGGGCAGCUUAGGAGGCGUCACAGGUGGCUGGCCCCUUUCUCCAGCAUUCAGGUCAAGAAUGGGCUGAUCAGUGGGUCAGAAUUCUCGGUGCUCUGCAGAAGAACGCUCCGGAGAAAACAGACAGAGGAGGUGCGGUAGGAUCUGCAUAGAACCAGAGGCAUCACCGAGUGCAGGGCCAGCUCCAUCUCAGGAAUAGGUGGUAGUCCCACAGGGGCUGGGAUGAGAAUAUUGUUCGCUGCUGUCCAGUCAGCCGGACACAGGACGACCUCGUGCACACCAAAGUGAAA